CAACAACUGAAUACGCUAAUGCCAACAACAGCUUCGAAAUAUGUCAAAGUCAUAACUCAGUUCUUUCAUUGGCUUACUGUACAAACAAGCAACAGCGCAAUUGCAAACACCGUUCUUUCUUUUGCUUACUACACACAAAAAGCACCAAGUCUUAUAUUACCUUCUUUGAAAAGGGCGAAUUUCCGACGGCUUAGCACAAAAGCGAUUGUAGGCAUAUAUAUCAUAGCAUCUUAUGUUCUUGGAAAUUAGAUUCAUGGCAAAAUUGCUAGACCUUUUUUUCCCUUCCUCCAGCAGGUGCAAUAACAUGGCAGUGGUUCUGUUCGCUCUCUUUCGACUUCUUGAAUUCCUGAUGCUGGUUAUCUUCACCAAGGGGACUUGCAGUAACUCUGGGAGCCAGCAGGCGCUACACGUGAACAUCACGUGCGAGAAGUACCUAGACGUGUAUGUAGACGGCGAGACAAUGGUCACUGGCGUCCAGGGCGUGCACAGCAUUUUGAUUGACAGUUCUUCCCACGUGAUGGCUGUCAAAUGUAAAGGGGCUGAGGGAGGAUGGAGAGGUAUGAUUGUAGGUGAUGGCGUCCUGACUGACGAAUCCUGGCGAUGCACGAAGCACAAGGAGGCCGGGUGGCAUAUGACCACGUUCGAUGAUAGAGAUUGGCCGAGCGCCGUGUCUUAUGCUAUUAACAUCGACUCUGUUUUCCCUUGGGGUGUUAAAGAGGGUGUCUCUAGUGAGGCUCAGUUUAUUUGGACAUCUGAUAAUCGUAACGAUAAAGAGAUCUACUGCAGACGGACGUUAUACUCGCCGUGCAUUGAAAGAAGGUACAUGUUCUUCACAUCAUCAGAUGGGUUCAAGGACAAAUCUUUGAGUAACGCCAUACUAGGCAUUGUUUCCGUCACAAGCGCCACGGAAUGCGGGCUCAAAUGUGGUCAGAUGGACUCAUGCGUUUCGUUCAACAUAGAGUACAAGACAAGCUCUAAAUUGUGCGAGCUGAAUGGCGCGAGAGCUGUGACGUCAUCCAUUGACCUGGUGUCAAGGCCUGGCUACCAGUAUUACGAAAUCACGAAAGCGGGUUAUUAACAAAUCCGCUGUACACCCGAAACGCUACAUCAAAAAUACUCUUUGCCUCAUUGAGCAUCAAAUGAGAAUGUCGUUGCUUGUAUAGCUACAAGAAAUGCAUCGACAAACGCUGUUCUUGCGUUGGGAUUGAUGGCGUGGGUCGCGCAUGCGUUAUGGUGUAUAGCCGCUGUAAUAUACCUUUCAAAGGCACCGAAUUUUGUUUCAAUUUUUUCUAGGAUUUCUAAAAUGGCUUUUAUCUAUUGGAAACUCUAGAAAUUUGUGACAUCGCCUAUAGGACCUUGGGAACGAGGCUGAAAGGUGACGCAGUUGUCGUCUGACUUUAAUAUAUUGAGUUCGGAAAAGGAAUAUUGGUCAAAACCAACGUCCAAUGGCCCCUCCGACGGGAGAGGGAUUGAAAAAGUAGCUGCUUGCAGCAAAAACAGCAGAGAUUCACAAAAAAAAGGCUUAGCGUAGAGGAGAUAGCUCAAUUAUUAUGUAAUGCAUAUAAUACGUAAAAAAUCUUUUUAUUUAAAA